AUGUCGUCUUUGGCUCCGUCGGUGAGCGCCGAGCACGCCAUCUGCGGUCAGCAUGCCGGCUCCUGUGGUGCGGUUCGGGACCCCCCUAGCCCAGGGUCCUGUCGGCCUCGCCCUCACGGCGGCAGCUGCCUUGAGCCGCGGCCCAGCCCGCCGAGCGCUCCCGCUCCCGUGAAGCGCGGCCUGAUCCGGGUGCCGGCGGUGAGGAGAGGGCCGGGCCGGGGCCGCUGGCGGCGAGGACGGGGGCCGAGACGCUUCGUGAGCCCUUCGCGACGCUCGCGCGUGUGUCGUUGCCGGGCACGGCGAGCCCCGUGUCUGCCCGGGCCUCGGCGGGGGCUGGCACGACGGCGGAACCCGGAGGUUGCGGCGGGCGCGGAUCCGGAGGGCGGGGGGUCCAUUCCCUUCUCCGGCUGCAAGGCCAGCCCGCGGUUUUGGAGCGUUAGCCGGUCGAUGGGGAGCGACCACGAGAGGCCGUCGGUGAAGGUGCUGCCUCUUAGUGUGCUAGGCACGGGGCUGUUGCUAUGGUGUGUGUUCAGAGAGAAAAGGGAGACCGACGAGCGACUGGAAGCAGUUCUCUUCGGCCAGAUCGUGGACUCAGAUACGGUCCAGGAAAGCAACGCUCCCCUUCAGCUGCUGGAAGAGAACUGAGGACGGGAGUGCGGCUGCCGUGAGGAAGCUGACAAAAGUUUGCUGGCAUUCACCUGGUUAAAAGUACUGAAAAAAAACUUGUUUUACUAGUUUUUCGGCAGCCUUAUCUUGCAAGUUUGAUUUCUUUAUGCUGUUUUCUGUGCCGGUCUUGCCGUAGUAAUUUACACUGAUAGGAAAAAAUGUAGUUUCUGGAUUGCGCAGGGGGAGAUGAACAGGAUGUAUUGCAAAUCAAUUUGAACUUGAAGGUGAGUUUUAUGCAACCCAUCAUGUGUCUAUGGAUCAUUUUUCUUAGCGGAUUGUUGUAUUAAAAAAUACCUAAUGUGACUGUCGGUGAAAUUGCCACUUUCACAUUUUGGU